ACUUUUUGAGUUAAUGGCCAUUGAGUAUUUUUUGAAAAUUUUAAGAAAAAUCCCUAAAAUUUUUACACUAUGAUUGAGAUUUUCUUAACUGUGAAAAUAAUAAAAUCCCUAAAAAUUUUACACUAUGAUUGAGAUUUUCUUAAUUGUGAAAAUAAUUCAGUGAAAAACAAAAUCUGAGAAAAAUUUAGUCCGAAUUUCCUCUGUCUUGCUAAAAGUCCAACUUUGUUUGAGCCUAAUUCCAUGAUAUAAUAAAAAUAUCAAAUGUUUUGUCAAUAAUAAUUCAUUUCAUAAAAUAUUUUUGAUUUUAGAAUAAAUUUUACCAAUGAUACUGAACUUUAUAACAAUCCGACUUUGGGAACUCGAACCCUGACUAAAAAAAACGUCCUUAAAGCUAACAUGAAUUCAUAAAUACGCAUUAUUUCUCUUUUAUCUCCGACUACCGCCAUAUUAGUUGUCGAUUUCUAUUGUUCUGCUCAUCGCUACACACCCCCUAUAUAAGGCCGAGAACACUAAUCAUGCUUCACCGCAUUCAGGAAUUUCAUACACCCGAACACGUUACCUUGGACGAAAAGACUUGUAAAAACGCGUUUUGAAUUGUAAAAGCGCGUUUUGAACAAAAAUAAUGUGACAACCACUUCACUGGCAAGAUAUAUCCAAUAAACGACGAAACAAGACAGACUGAAAUCCAGGCGCAGAUACUUCGAAAAUUCCUCGAUACUUGUAGACCGUUUUCUUAUGUAUGUUAUAACAUCGCACAUGCGCAAACCACACACUGUGGCAGAUCGAACAAUGUUAAUUGUCUGAUGGAUUUUAGAAACGGGGCGUUUUUGUGGGAACGGAUGGAAACGUUGUUACUUUCUUGGAUUGACUAUCAUUUAGCUACUGUGUUGGAUGUAGUGUCGCCGGGGUUUUCAAGAAGAUGCAGACGUUAUGCACUCUGUAUGAACGACACACGUGUUCGAUGUGCAUGCGAAGUAAGGCAGCAAAAUAAUACGGAUACCUUGGACAUCCUUUCGAAGAAUGAAUAUAUUUUGUGUUUCAUUGAUUGUUGUUUUCUUUAUUCUUUAUUACUACAUUUUACUACAAUGUGCAGUUCAUGCAUUUAGAAGUCCGUGCAACGUGAAUGCCUCGAUCGGAAAGCAACCGACCGUAACUUUCUCAACUGGUAUAUAUACCCCAGUGGCAGUAGAGGAGCGAUCGAAACUAAUAUGGCGAUCAAAUGCUUUUAUGAAUUCAUGUCAGCUUUAAGACCAAUUCUUUGUCAAUAUUAAAAUCCAGUGACCACGCAUAGUCACAGAUUUUCUUCAUCUCUCGUAUUUUUAUACCCUUUGGUGAAUAAAGAUGCAAGACAAACCUGCACGGUUGCUAUGUGGACCGAUUGCCAUGAUAACAGAAGCAAAAUAUUAAAAAGCCAUUUAAGGGCAUUGGCAACGAAGUGUUCCGGAAAUAAAAAAUCCGUACAUGCAUUUUUUCUUUUAUACAUCGAAUUUCAGAUACCGUUCUUGAGUUUACUUGUAAUUGUGAGUUAUCGCCCGUAACACGAACUCUUUAGCUUAUUAGAGUAAUAAAAGCAGCGUUUCCGAGGUAAACAGAAAAUUCGAGAGAUGAAGCGACAUCGUUCUACAUCGACUGGCAGGUUCAUUUCAGCUUCCAAAAAGAAGAGAAUCGACGUAUUUAAACAGGUCUAGGCAACCUCCGUUUUUGGAGGAUAGAUUUUAUCCUCCGUUUUUGGAGGAUAGAUGUAUGCGCCCCCUGGUGGAUCUUUUCAGAUGAAGGGCAAUUAACUCUGUUUUUACAAAGGGAGUUAACUAUGAAUAAAAUAUAAUUAUUAUACUAUAAAAAUAUCACCUUAUUUAGCUAUAAAUAAUUAUAAUUAUUGAUAAUAUUUAAUAAAUAUUUAAGUUUAAAUAAUUGCAGGGCUGAUUUUAAAGAAAAAUAUCUUAUGUGAAGACUCUCACAUUUUUUUUCAAUAUUCUGGAUAAUUGAUAUCUAUAAAUGGUAUCAUUUUGAUUAAUAAAAUUUAACAAUAUCUUUUUGUGUGAAGGGAUUAAAUUUAAAUGAUACUUAAUAACAUGUGAAUUAAUUAGAAUAAGAGCUAUAAAGUUCCUAAGGUAUAUGCAAACAUUUACUUUGUACAUGUACAAUAUAGCAGAUCAAGAUAUCUAUUGUGUGUCUCUAAACGUGAAUGAACUCAUUAAUGUUUUAAUGAGUAAUAAACAUCACUAUUUUGUGAUUUUUAUUAAAUGAAACAUGUAAAUAGUCUAUGUCAUUUGUAAAACUGAACACAGGAAGUACACACUUUCAAAGCAUAUUGUGAAAAUACUAUACAUAGAAUUUCAAAUCGCCGCAUACAAUCAUUAGUUUAUUUCCUUAACUUUAAUUCCCAUAUGGUUUGGUGCUUGCAUUUUCUCAUUAAAGAUAUGCACGAAGCCUUUGAAAUAUACCCAUGCUAUCCUCCAAAAAUGGAGGAUAAUUUCACCCACAAUGCAAAGUGACUUUCCAUAUAUGGUAAAAAUCAGCAGCCAUCUUGAAAUUGAGCUAUCCUCCAAAAACGGAGGUUGCCUAGACCUGUUAAAGCAAACAACGUAAGAAAGAUUAUUAAUGACCACUCAUACUCAUCUAAGCUGUGUGAUCAUGGUGAUAAUGACUCUGACAUCGCUGAGUGUUUACCGGUAGUUGAUGAUAGCGAGGAGAACAGUUACGCAUCUGGUGAUAGUUUAGAUCGACAGAUUGACAAUGUUAACGAUACAACAGAGAUAAGCUGGCGGCAGGGAAGGCGACUAGUGGAGUUGGGUUUUAUUGUAGACAAACUCUCUGAAGGCUGUUCUGUUUGCCACUCUUCUGUCCCUUUGAAUAUAACAAACACGGUACACGAGAUACGUUAUGGAUUAGGCAGUUUAUUAACCAUCAGGUGUGCCCUUUGUGAUGGAAAGACAGUUGUUCCAACUGGAAAGAGACAUAGUGGGCCUAACGAACGUCAGGGACAAAGAACUUGGGAUGUCAACACAAAGUUAGCAUUAGGUAUGUUACACAGUGGUAUAGGGGAAAGAAAGUUGUCCAACUUAUUGUCGACACAGCAUUCCACUAUGUUCCAAAACAACACUCAAGAAAAGAGAAAGAGAAAUAGGUGAAGCCCUUGAAGAUAUAGCACGUUCCAGCUGUGCUGAUGCUGCUGUCAGAGAAAAAGAUCUCACAAAAGAAUCUUCAGUAUCUGCAUCGUUUGAUGGUGGCUGGCAAAAGCGUGGAUCUGGCAAAUCCUACAGUAGCUUAUCUGGCCAUGCUGCUUUCAUUGGACAUAAGACUGGUAAAUGCAUUGCAUUUUCAACAAGGAAUAAAUACUGUAGAAAGUGUGACAGCGCAUUGAAGAAAGGGUGUGAUGUAAAAGAACAUGAUUGUAGAAAGAACUGGGAAGGUAGCUCCAAGGCGAUGGAAUCAGACAUGUGUAUAUCUAUGUUGAAAAAUCUAGAGAGCAAUGACGUGUGUGUUGGAACGAUCAUCAUGGACAAUGACUCUACAACGAUAUCUAAAGCUUGUUCAGAAGUGAAAGCGGACCUGAAAAAGCAGUGCGACAGAAAUCACCUUCUGAAAGACUUUACAAAUAAACUUUAUGACAUCAGAAAAGCCAAAAACUUCAGGGAACUCACACCAAAAACAAUUUCACACAUAUCAAAGUGUUUUCGAUACUGUGUAUCACAAAAUCAGGAGGAUACAGAAAAAAUGAAGAAAAAUUUAUUAGCACUGGGAAAACAUGUCUUUGGAGAUCAUUCAUAUUGUGGUUCAUGGUGUGGAUAUUUGCAGAAUCCAUUGAAGUACAAGCCAAAACAUCUUCCUUACAGCAGGUACCUUUGCGAUGAAAACUUGAAGAUUACCCUUAUGGAUCUGCUGCAUAAAUAUUCCAGUGAUGCUGAUAAGUUAACCCAUCUAGGGAGUUCUCAGGCUAAUGAGAGUCUCAACAAUGUCAUUUCCAGCAAGGCUCCUAAAACCAAUUUCUUCUCUGGAUCAGAAAGCAAUGACUAUCGAGUUGCAGCAGCCAUUGCGCAAAAGAACAUUGGCUAUGGAUAUGUGACUGAUGUGUGUCAAUCUGUGAUGUUAUCUCCUGGGGAAAUAACCAAAAAGAUUUCAGAGGAAUAUGACAGAAAAAGGGAGAAAGCAAGAGAAAGAGAAAGCACAAUACAGUUCAAAAAGAAAAGGGAAAAAAAAGGAGCAGCAAAGUAAUCACCAGAAAACUUGUGAAGUAAGAGAGGGAAAAUCAUAUGAGACAGCAGUUGAUAUGAAUAACAACAUAUGCUCUGAUGAUAUUUGUGAAAUACCUCCACCGCAAACUGAACAAACAUGCAAAGAACUGAUACCUGGAGUUGAAUAUGCUUAUGUGUCAUUUGAUCUUGAAACUACAGGACUUGGUAAUGAUUCUGAAAUUACUCAGAUUGGAGCAGCCUACAUACAUGACAAAAGCUACAGCCAGUAUCUCCUGCCUUCUAAAAGGAUUUCAACCAGUGCGAUUGCUCUGACUGGUCUUACCGCUGCUGGGAGCCAAAUGUACAAGGAAGGCGAACCUGUUCCAUCAACAUCCACAUCUGAAGGACUUACCAACUUUUUACAGUGGCUUUCUUCAAUUCAUAAACCUGUAGUGUUAGUGGCUCAUAAUGCUAGAUUUGACGCUAAUGCUUUUUGUCGUGCUUUGAUCACAAAUGACAUGAAUGGUGAUGCAGGGAAAGUUAUUCAAGGAUUUGUUGACACACUUUCACUCUUUAGGAAAAAAGGCCUGGACUUUGCUCAUGCAAGCAAACUGACUUGGUCAAAUCUCUCAUUCAAACUGACUAUAAUGCACAUGAUGCAGCAUCUGAUGCAAAAGCUCUACUACAACUUCUUACUUCACAGAAUUUUUCAGAACACAUUUUACUUCAACACAGCUUUUCAUUUGAUUCGUACAUUAGUCUACUUCAUUUUCAUGAAAUGGUGCAAAAAAAACUCUUCCUCCCUAGUGUGCUUAGUGAACAAUAAAGUUAUUUCUAAAAUGAUAAUGACACGCAUUGCGAAGUCAGGACUCUCUUUUUCCCACCUGUUAUUGGCUUAUAAAAGAGACUCUCAGCAUGGUGUGUUGCGAUUGCUCUCCGAGAACACUUGUGAAGGGAAACCAAGAGUAACAAGCAAUAAAAAAAUCAUUGGAAACCUUUGCUCUUACAUUAAAGAUGUUUGGGAUUAAAGAUAUUGUUUAAA